GGAGGAGAUGUGGAGGGCGCUGGGCCGCAGGGGCUUGGGGGCCGGGCACGCCUGGGUCCGGGGCUCGGGGCGAGCGUUGCACGCCUCCGACCACCAUGGCGGCUCUAACAACUUGCUCAAGAAGUUCGCCUCUAAGACGAAGAAGAAGUUCUGGUAUGAAGGUUCGUCCCUGGGACCCCACUAUAUGCACAAACCCAGCAAACUGGAUCAGCUGGUGAAGACAGCGACUCCCAAGAUGGGAAAAGAGGAGAGCAUCCGGAAGCGAGCCCUGGAUGGCCUGCUGUACCGGGCCCUGGCCGACUUGGUGUCCAACUGGGAAAUCGACAGCGACCUUCACGACCUGAACGUGGAGCUCACCAAGGUGUCUCUGUCCCCCGACUUCUCCGUGUGCCGGGUAUACUGGAAGACCACGCUGUCCGUGGAGAAGAACGACCACCUGGAAGCCGUUCUCCAGAAAAGCGCCCCGCGCAUGAGGCACCUCCUGAUCACCCAGCAGAUCCUGCAGAACGUCCCCCCCAUCGUCUUCGUCCGGGACCGGGAAAACGCCGCCAGAGCGGAGGUGGAAAGGUUACUUCAGGCGGCUGACUUCGGGCCUCCAGAAGAUCAGGACGACGAGGACCGGCGUCAUCUCGGGGAAGCGGAGGCCAAGCCGGGGCCGGCGGAGGCCCAGACGAGCCUGUUUGGGAUUGACCACGCGGCCCUGCUUAAGCAGAUCGCCGAAUAUAAGAGACAGAAAGCCAGGCCGCGGGCUGGGGAGGACGGCGGCGGCGGCGGCGGCAAGCAGCACCAGGCCAAGGCGCAGAGGUGGAGGAAGGGGAGGAAGGGGAAGAAGGGCCGGCACCCCCAGGAAGAGGAGGACGACGACGUCACCCCCCAGGCCUACCACCGGCUGGGCCCCCCGGGAGACGGGGUCCAGCCCCAUGACCCCGGGAGCGUGGAGGACGAACUCCAAAUGGCCCUACGAGAGCUGGAAACCGAGGACGGUGGAGACGCCGCCGGGCGCGCGUGUCCCGGCCGGAAUCGACUCCUCCGCCGCUCGCAGGACUCCCGGCCGAGUAAUAAUAAUGACGAUGACAUGUAGUAAGCGCUUACUACGUGCAACGCGCUGUUCUAAGCGCCGGGGGGGGAU